GAGCAUGGUUAGUGAGAGGGUGUCAAUUCCUUUUGCAUCUGAUUUGAUAUCUUUGAUUGCCUUCAAUAUUUCCACCGGCUCGACAACUCGCAAAGAAAAGCGAUUUCGAUUGUCCAAUUUGUUGCUGUCAUAAAACCGACAUACAUUUUCUGAGACACUGUCGUAACUGAUUUUAUACCAUAAAGUUUUUAGAUUAUUUUGAUCAGUUAGAUUCUGAAUGUACUCUUUCUUUUUAAUUCGAAUUUUAUGUAGUGCCUUAUUCCUCAGCUGUUUGAAUUUAUCAAGGUCUUCAAGUGAUUUACUAGCUUUAUAUUUGGUAAAAGCUGAAUCUUUUUCUUUGAUAAGCUUUUUCAUUCCCUCAUCCAACCAAGGAGAUGGCGGUUUAUUAACACGUAAUGUCUUAAUCGGAGCAUGUUUGUUAUAAAUA